AUGUUUGGCAUGAAUUAUACGGAUCCUCCUGAUCCGGUUAAUAAAAAAUUGUAUGAAGAUGAAUUGGAAGCUGAUAUUGGAGCAAAACGAAGAGGAAGAAGAGCUGUACAUAAGGAAUUCUCUCCUUAUUCAGUGAUUAAACCAUUAAGAUCAAAAGAAAAAAUGGAAGCUAAAGCUAAUCGGUUAAAGGAGGAGAAGACGUAUUUGAGCUCGAAAUCAAUAGCUGAUGGGUCUAAAGCAGUUCUUCGAGCUGGAAUACGUGAUGUAAUCAAAUCAAAUUAUGGAAAAGAAAAUAUCGAUCCUCAAUUUAUUAAAGCUAAAUUGGAUGCGUUUGAUAAGGUGAUUGCCGAACAGAAAAAAAUGGAAGAAGAAAAAGGAUUCGUGUUGCUCCAAGUAACUUCAGAUAUGGUUAUGGGAUUCAAUUCUUCUAAGAACACGGUGGUUGGGUUAUCUUCUUCAUCCCCUGUAAUUCAAGUGAACAUGGAAACGAACGCUAGAACUAGUACUGGGUCGAACAUUGGAUCGUUAAUUGGAAUGAAAAUGCACAAGGGCAUGUUGAUUGAUGAGUCGAAUGCUUCCAAGGAUUUCAAUUCUUCGUAG